AAUCUCUUUUCUCCAACCACACACACACAAACUUUACACACACUCAGAAUCACAGAGGCAUGACAUGGUGCGGGACCAUAGACUUCACUCAGAGGGGUCGAGGAGCAACUGUCAAGACAUGGAUUUUAGCAAAAAGAACUACUUAAACCUCCUCGGACUGGACGCCCAAUAACUCCAGCUGACCUUGGACAACUGAAAGGGGGAAGUCAAUUUGUGUGACACAACGGUACUGCCAGUCCCAUGAUGGAAAUCCCAAAUUACCUUGCUACUUUCAACUCCACCUCUUCCCCGUAUUUAACCAUGAAUGCCAAUCUGAACACCUCUAUUGCCCCCUCCGCCGCCCCCUGCACAGACUGGCCUCCUGUGCCCAUGACCACAAUCAUCCCGGCCAUCUACAGCAUCAUCUGCGUUCUGGGAACUGUGGUCAACACCCUGGCGGUGUCCGUGUUGGCCCACGCCAGCGCCUCGAGGAGAACCGUAGCAAACACUUUCAUGCUGAACCUGUGUGUGUCUGACCUGCUGUUCCUGCUGUCUCUGCCGCUGUGGGCCGUCUACUACUCCCGGGGCUACAACUGGCCCUUUGGCCGAGUGGCCUGCAAGAUCUGUGGGGCGCUGCACAAUCUCAACCUCUAUGCAUCUAUCUUCUUCAUCACGUCCAUGAGCAUGGACCGCUACCUGGCCAUCGUGCAUCCACUCCGCUCCCAAAUCUCGCGGGACCCCAAACGUGCCCGGCUCACGUGCAUCUUCGUGUGGGUUCUGGCGUGUGCUUGCUCUGCCCCCACCUUGGCUCUGAGGGAUACACACUACAUCCAGGGGCUGGAUGUGGAGGCCUGUGUUAUUUUAUAUCCCAAUCAUUCUUGGUAUCUGACCCUGGUGGUGAUGAAGAUCAUGCUGGCCUUCCUCCUCCCAUUGUUCGUCAUCUCCUGUUGCUACUGUGCUAUUGGUAGACAUUUGCUGGUUGAUACAGGGCUGAUAAGAAUGCAGAAUCCGUCACACACCCCUAACAUGCCCUCUUUUAAAUCACUGGAGUCCCACGAGAGCAGCAGUAAAAGGGAGAGACCCCCGACUCCCUGUGUAAGCCCCAGCUCCAGUGGGGGCAGACCCCUGGAGGGCAGGGGGCUGGAGCGGGUCCUGUGGACAGUAGCCGCUGUGGUCCUGGCCUUCUUCCUCUGCUGGUUUCCCUUCCACUGCGUCACCUUCAUGGAUGUGCUGAAUAGUGAGGGCUGGUUGGACAGCUGCUGGGUUAACUGGACCAUUCACAACCUCACCCCUCUCACCCUCUGCCUGGGCUUCUCUAACUCCGCCAUCAACCCUGUGCUCUACUGCUUCAUCGGGAACCAUUUCCGGGGCCGCCUCGGGGGCCUCUGCAAGGGCCUGUGUGCUUGUUUGAAGGCCCGCAGGGAUGAUCACAGCCAGAAGCGAGGCUCUUUCAGCACCAGGCUGAGCUCCUUCUCCCGAAAACUCAGUGACCUAAAAGACUUGGCGAUUGUGGAGUCCACUGGUCCUGCUUAGUCAGGCCCCAGAGGAGAUGUUCUCUGCCCUCCACUGGCUUCACACCCCUUCAGAAUGUAUGUCAAAUGACUGCUGAACUCCAAUAAGCAUGGCUGUGUGAGUAAGAGCUGGUGCUAUAACAGACUGAGUGAAAUCCCUGCCUACAUCAACUCUGCUCUACAAAACUAAAAAAGAAAAGCUUCUACAUUAAAGAAGAUGUCGAGAGAAAUGGUUGAAUUAUUUUGAUGCUGUUCAUCCCAACACAUGUAGCAGAUAUAAAUAUAAUGCAUUUUUUAGGCUCUUGCUUUGGACACUCUAAAAGCAGUGACACAACAAUGUGAGAAUGAAAGCGAUCACUUGUAGUGAUGAAUUAUUCGCAGAAAGCAGCUUCACAGAGCAUUAUUGAGUUUCAGCUCAUUGUUUAUCUGCUUCACUGUUUCACACUCUCUGCUCUCAUGGUGCCGUUUUCAGCUGUUUUAACUCUACACCACGCGCUCAGCACCAAACUGCUCACAGACAGUCAGUGAAAUUAGUGGAGCAUUUAGCAGCCAGAUAUUUCCCUCAGGCGACGAUAGAGACCCAACAAACAGAGACUGUGAAGUGGACUUAACUACACACAACUUUA